GCCCGAGCGGGUGGAUGACCACAGCCCAUCAACGCUCUUCUUCCCUCACACUGUGACCUGCUCCAAGAUCUUGCCCACCAGCACCAAAUCUCGCACUCAGUCAACCUCGCCCGUAGUCGCCGCGGUAGGCCGCUAUGACAGACCAGAGUGAAGCAGGCCCGUCAUCGCAUUCCCAAUCUAAUCUAGCCAAAUCGCUCGUGGCUGAGCUCCUAGAGCCCGCACGAUCGGCGCGCAAGAGCUCUAUCGGCUCCAAAUUUCACCCUCCUUCGGCGUCGGAGACUUUUCAAAGCCGCAUAGAUGGGCGCAAAUUUCAACUUGGCAAUCCCGAUCGACCUAGGCCCAAGGCGGAGAGGGGCAGUGUUGCGGCUAGGAAGCUGAAGCGGAGGGAAGACAGGCUUGUAAAGAGGGCAAAGAGGAGUGGACAAGGCGCUUUGCCUGUCAAGAGCAAAGACGCCAAAAGGGCGCUCAGCAGAAGCGAGCGGCGACGGUCGGGGCUGGAUGUGAGGAAUGAGCAGCCAAGCUACGAGUCCCUUUUGCCCACCCACUCGCUCUGGACGCAAUACAUCCAGUCAUUGCUGCAGCUGGUGGAUGCCCAAGGUCGUCUCAAUGCGGCAUCGUUUACCAACUCGAACAACACGGCAGAAGAGCCUCUGAUGGUGAAGGACACCGCCAUCGGACUCAUGCAGCAGAACCUGACCAAAGCAGAGCUUGCAGGGGGCCUCGUUAGAGUCACCCGUUCUGCGAAUCCGGCACUAGUUGGUCUGAGCGGUAUCAUCGCCCGAGAGACGGAGCAGACUAUCGUCAUUGUACCUCCACCGCCAGCACCGGCCAACGGCAAGCCCUUUCGCCGGCCAAAGCGGACGACCAAGGUGAUUCCUAAGCACGCCACGGACUUCGUUCUCUCCGUUCCACUCCCCAACAUCGCCAACUCAGAAGCUGCAAGUGUAGAUUCACAGUCGAGGACUCUGGACUUUACAUUGCACGGCUCGCAGCUAAGGUACACGCUUCCUACUCGCGCCACGAGAAAGUGGAAGCAUCGUCGCGUCGACGAGCUGUGAAAAGCAGCGAAAGCUGUCUUGUUUGCUGCCGCGAGUAAACGCCGAUUCCAGUCUGUCGCGCAGUCCGUCUGGCAAUCUCUGGGCCAUGUGGACGACCACACUUUCGUGAGUCCCAGUCGGGCUGCACAGGUCACUCAAUCAAGUCGUCUGACUCUCUGUAAAUGCGAAAAGGACCCUGGAAACUCUAAUGCCAUUCACGCAUGCUGCUCCAACGGGAUUCUGCUCGCCUCGAAUUGGUACCAUCAAGAAGCCAGG